GUUGCAACGAGAUGAUUAGGGAACACUCAAAGAAUCAAUAUAAAUUUUCCGGGAUUCUGAAAGGAAAACUGAUCGGGAUUUACCGAUUGGAGUAUGAAAUCAUGCUUCCUAUGGUUUCUUCCGGUAUUUGCAGUGACUCUCGUUAGGAUAGAAAGGGUGAUGGCUGCUAGCAAUUUUAAACGUGAACAGAAUAUUGGUACGGUAUUAUUUGAGAAAAGUGAUGCUGCUAAACAGUGUUGGACUACAGAGGAUUUUAUUAUUUUGAACAGUCGAUGGAUGUUUCAAGAAUUAUUACCGAAGUCGAUGGUUCCACAGGUGAAAGUUCUAAAUUACGAGAACGAUCGGUACAUCGCGCUGCUGAUGGAUUACUUUCACAUUUGUCUGGAGAGCGUACGCAAGCUGUCACUAGGAAAAACGAAGCACCUGAUGCUGAAAGCUCUCGCAGACACGAUGGGUGGUUACCUGCAAGUUUACAUACUGCCAUACACCAAGCACUCCUAUUACGCGGGCAACAUAAAGUAUCGGAACGCGAGGAAGCUGUUCGAGCUGCACGAGCAGCUGAAGCUUUUCCUGAGGAGCAACGGUGCCGGUUGGCUGAAGCCAUCUAGGGAGAUCAGACACGGGAAAAUUCCCUCGAUCGUGAUCACGCCGCCGAGAACGUCCGUUGCGUGCCAGGGGAUUAUUACUUAUCCUGCCUCUUCUGAUUAUAGCAAACGAGAACUUCAACGUUUCACAUUCUCGAAGAAGAAGCGACACCCUUCGAAGCAUAAAUUGCAUAAAAAUUCAAGUCCUGCUGAAGAUUCGAUUGUCAUUCCCCUUCCCUUCCUAGACGACGAAGUCGAACCAAAUAGCAUUGCGCUGCCAUUCAAGAGCGAAAGCUUGAUGUCUUUGCACAGCGAACGAUCGGCUUUUGUGUUGGUUAAAUAUUACAUAGCCAGCGUGAAGUGCAUUGUCUCGAAAUCAGGAUCGAAAACGGGGGUAGAAGCCUUCAAUCAAGAACUUUACAGUUGGCUGCAGCAAUCCGUGCAACGGCACCUUGACGACGACAAAUGGUACCCAGGUUUUGGCGGCGUCCUGCGGGUGAUCUCCACGCUGGAGGAGUCCGGAGUGGGAACCGGUCCCGCGAACUGGAGAAAAAGCGGAAGCUAUCAGAUGAUGCCCAAAAUAGGCACGCCAUCGACCGUGGAACCAGAAGAAGGCGUGUCACCGAUCUACAAAGACGAGGACUCGGGGGUCACGCUAGGAACGACCGAAUUAAUAUCGAUUGCCGUGGUGAGCGCGUUGCUGGUGUGGUUGCUGGUCGGUUUGAGCCUCGUCUGCUACAGAUUCCUCAGGAAACACUCGGACGAAUGUGGUCCCAUCGAGCCACAGAAUCCUCCUGUUGCUGUCCUGUACAAGAAUAAAGAAUACUGCGAGGCUGAUACAUGUCCUUCAAGACGUAGAGGGUUGUUGGAGAGGUUCAAAGAGUACUGGAAAGGAAAGUUUGGUAAAUGUCAGGAUCGUUGUCUGGACGAGGAACGUUGCUUAGCUGCCAUCAAUUAUAGUAGCAAAGAUACGAUUGAAGUUAGUAAUAGUAGCAGAGGUUAUCAAAGAAAAAGGUGUACUAAAUCCGUUUCAGCGAGUUUAUCAAAUUACCGGAAGGAACGACCACCCAUUAAAAGGGUUUAUUAUAGCUCCGAUGGUUCGUUAACCACGAACACCGAGAGUCCAGUUAAAUCCAGAUAACAAAGUCAAGUAUACAAUUUAUCUUUUAAUAUCAGUAGAUUUUUUAGUAUGUACGGUGUAAUAAAUCCAAUCAAUUAUAAUGAGGUCUAAUUAUUACAAUACUCAUUAGCAGCUCCUUAAA